AACCAGAUUCUACAAUCAAUCGCCAUGGCAAAGGGGAUUUCGGUCCUCAAAUUUGUGGGCACAGUGUCCCUUGGCCUGCUGACGGGUGUCUCAUAUACCGUCUCGGCCCUCACUCUUCCGACCCUCGUCAACCUCCCAUCAUCAUCUUCCGCCGCCCACGCCUUGACCUCUCUCCAAUCCGCUCUGCGUCUCCCAGUCCUCGCUCUUUCAUCUCUUGCCGCCGCUCCGCUAUUCCUGUCGUUCGUCUUGUCCCCGCGCUAUGCUCGCCACCCGUACCUCUUCUACACGUCCCUGCUCGCUGUGCUGUCUGCCGUAGCUCCUCGCUACAUCCCCAAGCCAGCUACCUCAACUUCGAAGCCUGCCGGCGCGCGUAAAGCCACAUCAUCCAGAGCCAGGAUGGAAGCGAGCUAUGAGGUCUUGGGUGAUUCACACAGCGAGGGAGACUUGCCUAGCGAGUCAGAGCUUGAAGAUAUCAAUGGCGAGGAGGUUAGAGCCAACAUUGACGGUGCCGCAAGAGCAUACCUUGCCAGGACUGGCUUUGCUGCGGCUGGCUUUGUGCUGUCCGUGAUUGGACUCUGGGGUGAUGGUGCUCCCAGGUCCAUCCGCUAUUAUUAAGCCAUGAGCUGGCUUGUGUAACUUUGUAAGAUGUUUGCGGCAAGUCUGAUUGGCUAUGUUUUCCAGUGGCUGGAUUGGAACAAUGUAUCAACAAUCUGGAAAGUUAGUCCUUGCAACUCAACGCGAGGUGGCUUCACCACUCCCUCAUCAAGCAUUAUGAAAGAAAAAGCAGAAAAAAAAAGGAUAAAAGAAAAGAAAAAAAAAAGUUACAAACGUCAGGUUAUGGAAGAUACAUGUUAAUGAGUCUGUACAUUUUGAACCCUUACUAUUCAUAGCUAUCCAAUACGAAUCACGUCUUGGCAGUAAAGGCCGCUCGAA